AUGAACACAUCGUGCACAUUAAAACCAGAUGACAAACCGAAAGGACCGAAAGUAACUGAUAAGGUGGUAUUUACGAUUAGCAUUGGAGAAGAAAAAGUAGGAAAAAUUACUAUUGGUUUGUUUGGGAAAACAGUACCACUAACAGUUCAGAAUUUUAUCAAAUUGUCUGAGAAACCAAAGGGAGAAGGUUAUGUUGGUUCCAAAUUUCAUCGAAUCAUCAAGGAUUUCAUGCUGCAAGGAGGAGACUUUACCAAGGGUGAUGGUACCGGUGGUAGAUCAAUUUAUGGUGAGAAAUUUGCGGAUGAAAAUUUCAAACUCAAACAUUACGGUGCAGGAUGGGUGAGUAUGGCAAACGCAGGGCCCGAUUCAAAUGGUUCCCAGUUCUUCAUUACCUUGAAAAAAACACAGUGGCUCGAUGGCAAACACGUUGUGUUUGGAAAAGUUCUUGAUGGUAUGAAAGUAGUGAGAAAGAUAGAAAAUACGAAGACGCAAAAACCUGGUGAUAAACCUGUAAAAGAUGUCGUAAUUACAAAAGCAGAAUAUGUCGCUGUAGACACUCCAUUUUCGGUUGCUAAAGAUGAUGCUCAAGAUUGA